GAUCGGGAUGCGGAGCCCUCCCGCAGUGACACGCGCACCGGAUUCCGCGCUCAGCGCCCGCGUUCCUCCGCUGAAAACAGCUCACGGAGCGGUGCGACACAUUCCCACGGUUACCUUCCCGCUUUCUCCGCACGACUUCACCUUCCUGAGCUCUCAUAAGAGCUUCAGCGUUUUAAAACAACGGGGACAGCAGGCAGGCAGAGCAGUGCUCAGCGCUACAGAAGGACGCGGUGUCCCGGAUGAUGACAAGCGCGGUGGGAGUAGUUUUCGUUGGACGCGAGGAGAAAAAAAAAAAAAAAACAACAAGCAAGAUGGCGGACGCCAUGGGUUCAAAGCCAGCGGAAACACACGUGGGGAAGGAAAAAAGGAAAAGCGCCACCAAACGGUACUGGCAAAACACAGAGUUAAAUGAUCCGGUAAAAACUGAAGACAGGAACCACGAAAAAGAUUCUGAAAACCAUGAAACAUCAGAAAACAAAACAGAGAGGAAAAAGAAAAGAAAACAUGGACCACAAGGAAAGAAAUUUAUUUCUGGGAAGAAAGACCCCUUCCCUGGCCCUGCACCAGUUCCGGAAGAGAAGAUACGGAAAUUCCAGCGAGGGCAGACAUCCAUUGUGGCCAAUGACAUGUUUUCAGAUGGCAGCGAGAUACUAAAAAGUACCCUAAAGGAUGCUGAGGAAACUUCCAAGUUGGCCACAGAGAAGGCAGCACGGUUUGACCUGCUGCUUUCUGAAGAUGCUGGCUUUUUGGAAGCUGAUGAAGGUGAAGAGACAUGCACCAUUGCACAGGAUGACAUUGCAGAUGCUGUUGACAUCACCUCUGGCACAAAGUACUUCAACCUGUCCCUAACGCAGUUCGGACCCUACAGACUGGACUACACCAGGAAUGGACGCCACCUGCUGCUGGGCGGCCGACGGGGACACGUGAGCUGCUUCGACUGGCACUCUAAGCAGCUGAUGUGCGAGAUAAACGUCAUGGAAACGGUGAAUGACGUGAAGUGGCUCCACAGUGAAGCCAUGUUUGCCGUGGCCCAAAAGAAGUGGCUAUACAUCUACGAUAACACGGGGAUUGAGCUGCACUGCAUCCGGAGGUUCAACGAUGUGUUGCGCAUGCAGUUCUUGCCUUACCACUUUCUCCUUGCCACGGCGAGUGCCACAGGGUUCCUGCAGUAUCUGGAUGUGUCAGUGGGCAAGCAGGUAGCUGCUACCUGCACAAAGGCGGGGCGUCUAGAUGUGAUGGCUCAGAAUCCCUACAACGCCAUCAUCCACCUGGGCCACCCGACAGGUGUUGUGACCCUUUGGUCACCCAAUCAGAGGGAGCCGCUGGUCAAGAUGCUGUGCCACCGGGGAGGUGUGCGGUCGAUCGCUGUAGAUAAGACGGGAACGUACAUGGUGACCUCUGGGCUUGACAGGAAGUUGAAGGUGUUUGACAUCAGGGCAUUCCGACCGCUGCAGUCUUACUUCCUGCCAGCUGGGGCAUCAUGCCUUUCUCUGAGCCAGAGGGGACUGCUGUCUGCCUGUACUGGAGACAUAGUGCAGGUAUACAAGGAUGUGUGGGGGACACCUGUUAAAAAGCCCUACAUGGCCCACCGCGUUCGGGGGGCUGUAUGGGGGGCACAGUUUUGCCCCUUCGAGGAUGUGCUGGGCAUUGGCCACGGUGAGGGCUUCACCAGUAUGAUUGUUCCAGGUGCUGGGGAGCCCAACUUUGACGGGCUGGACUCCAACCCGUAUCGCAGUGUGAAGCAGAGGCAGGAAUGGGAAGUCAAGGCACUGCUGGAGAAGAUCCAGCCAGAGCUUAUCAGCCUGGACCCAGACCAGCUUUGCAAGGUUGACAGAGCCACCUGGGAGCAGAGGCAUCAGGAGAGAGUCAAACAACUGGGCUAUGACCCACUUGCCAAGGAAAAGUUCACGCCACGACACAAGGGAAAAGGUCGUAGCUCUUCUGGAAAUAUAGAGAAGAGAAAGAGGCAGGUGGCACAUGAAGAUCAGAGGGAGCUGAUCAGACAAACUGUCGAAGAAAAAUUGGCCAAAGAGAAGGAGAUAAAGGAGAAGGAGAAGAAAAAGGCACAGCAGGGUCAGAGGUCAGCACUAGACCGAUUCAAGAAGUAGGACCAUUUGUGCCAUUUGGCCCCCAGCCCAAAGACCCACCAAGUCAACAUCUAGAAGAUGUUGUUCUACAACUGGCCCUUCACUCAGCCUGCUGUAAGAACACAAAUUCAGGAGGAGUAUGAAGCCAGUAGACUAAGCAGAUCUCCCCUAGGAGUUCAACCAAUUUUUUUGGUAGCUGUUGUGUUAAUUUUCUAAUUUAACUACAAAAUAA